AUGGAUAUUCGUGAAAUGUAUUUGCGUGGAGGCAUAUCGAUGAGGAAAUUUUUGUCAGGUGGAUCAAAUGGUAUAGGUGCAGCCACGGCUAGGAAAUUUGUGGCAGAAGGUGCUUAUGUGUACGUUGUUGACAUCGAUGAAGAGGGAGGGGUUAAAGUUUGUCAAGAGCUCGAUGGGAAUGCUUCAUUUGUGAAGUGUGAAGUGACAAUAGAAACCCAUGUGAAAGGGGUCGUAGAUCGAGCGAUGGAGGAGAAGGGGCAUCUAGAUAUCAUGAUGAACAAUGCAGGAGCUAUGUUAGGAAUGAAGCAUGCUGCAAGGGUCAUGAUUCCACGCAACUCUGGUUCCAUACUCUUCAAUUGCAGUGUUUUGGGACUGAUGAAGACAGAUAAUGCCUUUCAUGGUUACAUGGCUUCCAAGAAUGCUCUAUUGGGGUUUGAUGAAGAGUGGUGCAGUGCAGUUGGCAAAGGAAGGAAUAUUGUUGUUGAUACUACUGGGGGUUCUGAUAUUGAUAAUGGUGCUAUUGAUAUAGUUGUUGCUACUGGGGGGGUUGCUGGUUUUAUUGGUGGGAUCUUCAACCGUAUUGGAGCAAUUGGUGUGGUUCUUGGUGCUGCUAAUAUAAUCAAAGGUGAAGAUAUUGUGGCCGGAGGUUCUUGGCUAAAACUAGGCACUGAAAGAAUCUGA